AUGCAAGUAAAAAUAAUAGAUUUCGGUAGCGCUACGUUUGAGGAGGACUAUCAUUCUUCUCUGAUCAACACCAGACAGUACAGAGCACCGGAAGUUAUACUGGACAUCGGCUGGGAUAUGGCCAACGACAUGUGGUCGCUGGGGUGUAUCCUCAUGGAGCUGUAUACUGGCGACGUUCUCUUCCGCACCCACGAGCACCUCGAACACUUGGCAAUGAUGGUAUGUAUUCUUAAUAUAAACCAGCAACAGCAGCAGCAGCAGCAGCAGCAACAGCAACAGCAGCAGCAGCAGCAGCAGUAG